AACUCCUUUUAAUGUUACAGUCUUCGAGGAUCUGCUGCUUGUGCAUUCAAAAAGUAACGAGACCACCAGGGCUGAAAACAGCAACACUACAAGUCUCAUCAUCGCCGUUUGUAUCACGGCUCUCUACUCUCUCAUAUGCGUGGUAGGACUGCUGGGAAACGUGCUUGUAAUGUAUGGGGUGGUCAGGUACACCAAGAUGAAGACCGCCACCAACAUUUACAUCUUCAAUCUGGCUCUGGCUGACGCUCUCGCCACCAGCACCCUCCCCUUCCAGAGCGCCAAGUACCUGAUGAGCACAUGGCCCUUUGGGGAGCUGUUGUGUAAAGUCGUCAUUGCCAUCGACUAUUACAACAUGUUCACCAGCAUCUUCACACUCACCAUGAUGAGCGUAGACCGCUACAUUGCUGUUUGCCAUCCGGUGAGGGCUCUGGACUUCCGCACCCCUGCCAAAGCCAAACUCAUCAACGUCUGCAUCUGGAUCCUGUCCUCUGUCAUUGGAGUCCCUGUGAUGAUCAUGGCUGUUACCAAGGUGACAGAAAAAGGAAACACUGCCUGCACACUCAGAUUUCCCAAACCCGACUGGUACUGGGACACAGUGAUGAAAAUCUGUGUUUUCAUCUUUGCCUUUGUGGUACCAGUCCUGGUCAUCACCAUCUGCUACGGUCUGAUGAUUCUGCGACUCAAGAGUGUCCGUCUGCUCUCUGGCUCCAAAGAGAAGGACAGGAACCUGCGGCGCAUCACCCGCAUGGUCCUUGUGGUCGUGACGGCCUUCAUCAUCUGCUGGACUCCCAUCCACAUCUUCAUCAUCGUCCGGACCAUGGUGCAUGUUGACAACAAGAACCCCCUGGUGAUAGCCAGCUGGCACCUGUGCAUUGCGCUGGGCUACACCAACAGCAGUCUCAACCCUGUGCUGUACGCCUUCUUGGACGAGAACUUCAAGAGAUGCUUGAGGGAUUUCUGCCUGCCCCGCCUGGAGCAGAACAGCGUUUACAGAUCGCGCAAUAGCACACGGGAGCCUGCGUCCAUUUGCGCCCCUGCCACAACAGAGAGACCGCCAGCCUGACUAGGCAUGGUUCAGUGGACGGGAAGAACGGCUCAAGAUGACCUCCCGACUGAGGUCACACAGUUCUCCACCACGGGAAUCUAAGUCUGCAGGUAUACAGAAGGACUCUGACCUACCAUCCACAUAAAUUAUUGAUAAUCAUCUAAUGAAACUACUACUGUUUCCCAACAAGAUUGUGCGACCGUGUCUGCCUGUGCAUAAGGAAACUGAUACAAAUGUACAUAUACUCUUGGACAGCGUAAGAUCCACAGAUCCAAACACAGUCAGUGCAGUCAGAUAGCAUUUAGGCAGUAUUAUCUUUUUGCCUGUUCUGGCUCUAUUUCAGCACAGUGAAAAAUAAAUAUUAAGUUAAAUUCCUGACUUCUUCACAUAUUAGGGGAACAGUACAGGACUCACAGCCAUUUGUGCAUAUAGUCCCACAGUGAUCGGCCAGGACAUUCAUCCUAAACACAUAGACAAGGCCAGGAGGAGUCUUUUUAUGGGUAUACAGUGGCCAGUGUUAGGCAUUACAGUGAUUGGUUGAGUCAGUCACCUGACCUCAACGCCACAGAUCAUGUGUUUCACUUGAUGGAGACCAGACUGACUGAGAAAAUCCCUAUAACAGCGAGAAGUAAAGAAGGCUGCACUACAGGCUCGGCCAAGCAUCAAUAGGGAAGAUACUCCUGUCUGUCCAUCACAGAUGUCAGCCAAUCUGCUAAAGCUAAAUGCUACCUACGAUGAAGUGCUGAGGUUGGAAACUGGACUUGCUUGAUGUUCUUGAAGACCUUUGACCUCCCAUCUGAGAAGCUUCUUCAGUUUUGGAGUCGCAGUUAUUUAAGUCUCAGGAUGAGAGAUGAAACAUCUUCAGGAACCUCAGGGAAGUCCAGCUGCCAUCUUUAGCACUUCAGAUAUAACAUGACCUGGAUGACAGAGAAUCUCCACACACCUGACUUUAUUUAGGUUUAUGCUAAUUUCCUAGAGGCCAAAUAGAUAACUACUAUUUGUGAGGGGAGGGAAAAUGGUUGUAAACAUAUCACUGGUCACUCCCUUUUUAAGGUGGUUUGACAGACUUGUUAUCAAACUGUUGCCUAUUUAUACAUCCAACAUUAACAUCGUUUAAAGUUGCUUUUCUGGCAACCUGAUGAAUGUAAGUCAAACAUUAAUUCAGCUGCCUGCUGCUGCUGAAUGGUAUGAGAGCAGUGAGAGCGAACCAAAACAGUGACGCUGUGGGCCCAAAGACCAAAACAAUAAGCUGAAAGAUGCUAUAAUGCUGCAUAGAAUUGAGACAGAUUAUAAAUCUUUGUAGGUUAUCACUACAAAGGACUACUUCAACAUUAAUGUUGUUAUAUAAAUAUUUUCAAAGCAGCUUUAAGGCUAAAUUUGUUUUAAGGCUUUCUGACUGUACAUCUAUGUCGACUGGUUAUAUUGUCACUCAGUCUCACUGAGGAAAUGACAAUCAGAUAAUAUGAAUGUUUUAGCUGCCUGAGAUUUUAUGUUCAUUGUCUCUGUGAUAUUUAAAUUAGAAGUUGUAUCCAAUUUCAUGCUCAUUCUUGUAAUGGUAAGAGGGGAAAUAAUUACAAAUGAAGACCACACACAUAAUUAAGAACAAUUUUAAAGAUGGUGAAGUUCUAUGUAACUGCAUGUUUCAGUGUCAUCUUUUCCCACUUUUAUUGGACAAACAGAUCAUGAAAGAUGCUUGUCAAACACGCUUUACAUAACAUGAAAAGCAGCCACAAUGGCACUUCCGCCAUAUAUUCAACAUGAACUUCAGAGUCCAGCUGACCUGCUGUGUGCACUCCUCUAGGGAUAAGGCUGCUCUGUCUUUUUGCACAAUGAAAAUAUGCUGACAGUACACCAAGAAGCUGAGGAGGGAAGAGUGGCACUGCUGUUCAAGUCAUAGUAAGUUGACUGGAUUGUCUCAAACUGGCACGGAGGCGAGUCAAACGCAUUAGCAAGCAACAAGAAGUCUCCAAUAUAUAUUACAGCUAAUGGACAGUUUUCCACUGGUGAUUGCUGGACAGCUGCAGCAGGAGAUUUGGGCAGUGAGAAGACUUUUUCUGCACAUUUGAGAGAACAAUCAACCCAAUGCCUCUUAUUUUGCCACUGCAACAAUGUGGAUUUGUUCAAAAAAGGCAUCGAUAUACCAAGUGUAAAGAUAGUAUAGUUCUGUAGCUAAAUUAAGUGAUAAUGUGAUUUAUUUUGUGCUGUCAUGCUACUGUAACAUAAAGCUUCACUUGUAACCAAUUAGUAAAAUCAAAUGUUAUUUAGCUACACUAUAUAUUUACUCUAAGUGCUAUAAAUGUUGACAAAAUUCUAAAUAAUCAAAAAAAUUUAAAAAAUAUUCCUGCCUCCUCUCUGGAAUGCUGCCAUCACUAUUAGAACAGCAUUUCUAUAUGCUUUCCGCAGUGUGGCUGACAUGUUCAUUGGAAUAUGUACCUUAAUGCUUCAGCUUUUUUUGGCAAAACAUGAAUUGUUUUAUAGAGAAAAAGGCUUGAUCUUUUUCAAUUUUUUUGCAUUUUAUGUUUCAGUAGAAACUGCAUACAAAAUACCUUAUUGUAUUGAUGAACAGACCCUGCUGUGGUAGUGGGUCACGUGACUCAUGUAGCUUCAGAUACAGUGGGAUUUAUCAGCAAAUUACUGCUUUCAAACUAAUUCUGUGUUGUUGCUGUAGGUAGCUCAGCUAAUUUAGCUAGUUAGCUUGGCACCUAAUCAUUAAAGUAACCCAGUAUUUGAGGGAGACGGUCAAAAAGGUUGUAAAAUGUGUUUUGACAUGUCGCUAACUUAAAAUGUCACAAGUAUAAUUACUGCUUUUGGUUUCAGCUUCUUACUUUGGACAAUAGCAGCCAAGUCAGUGUAACUCUUCAGCACUAAUGUUUGGAAUUAUUCAACGUUCCCAUGAUCCUCUGUUUCUGUAAAAAAAAGAAUUUGUGUGUGUGGGGGGGGUCCUUAUAGAGACAAUGGAGAUGUUAUCACUCUCCUUCUUAAUCCACUCUGGUUUUGACCAUUUUCAAUACAGAUUCAAUGUUUUUUUCUGGUUAUUGUAAUACAGAUUUUAUUAACACUAUACUCUGUAAAUGCCAGUGAGACCUCAGAGGAGUUACAGAUGUAAUUAGUUGGUAUGAUGAGGUAUGGAUUACUGAUUAGGUUAUUGUUAACAGGGCCCAUGGGCCCCUGGUAGGUGGAUAUGACAUAUCUAUAGUGUGUGGGUAUAGCACAAGCACAAGCUGUUGUAAGUCAGGGAUGAUACUGUGGUUUCUGGACACCAGACGUUCUUGAGAAUGGACCCAUUUUAUAAUGUAUCAGUGAGAAGAUAAGGCUGGUGAUAGUUUACAUUUUUGUAAUUGUCAACAAAUCCUAUGAAAUGACCCAAAACAUAUUGCUUUAUUUCUGGAUAGUUUACAAAUUUCUCAACCAGUGUGUGGCUUGCAGCUAUUAAGUUCACCGAUUCCUACUGAAAAUCUUUAAAAAUUAGUCACAAAUACACACUUUUAAAAAUAUUUUAAGUUUUACAAUUUCUUUACAGCCGAUUGGGAGGUAGAAUUUUCUUUUACAUUUGUCACUCAAACAGGAGUAAACUGUAUAUUUCUUGGGGACUAUUUCCAGCAGUGGAUUUGAUGCUCUAUUAAGCAUUUAAAGCAGCAGGACGGUGCGGGUGGGAUCGACUCAGAAUAAACCACAUAGCCCAUGUUCUUAAUAAUGAAGAAACAUGUUACCCAUACACAGUGUGGCUCACUGCUGUGCGUUAAAUAAUUUUAGGACAGUAAGGGAGCUCUGUGCUAGAGAAAAAUCUAUUUAAUAGGCUCUAGCUACACUUGUUAGCAGAAUCAGCUCAUUGCUGGCUUUUGCCUUUUCAUACAGUUUGUUGGUGAUAAGACAAACAUAGAACAUCACCAGCCGUAUCCUCUAAUUGUUUAAAAUGGCACAAGUUCAAAACCUUGUUUGGCACAAAUUCAUAUUUCCACUUCAUUUAAAGCUUUGUAUUCUCAUCUUGUUUAAAAAAGGAAUACAAUAAACUGCUGUACUCUCUUUUGGUAAUAUUUUUUUCUGUUGAAUGAGGACUGCUAACUCAACUGCACAGGUCACAGCUGUAGUACAAGUUAAGUACAAACAGUCAUGAUUGGGUGAUACCUGGUGUGACAUUAUUACAGAUACAGUUAAUUACUGUACUGUAAUAUCUAAAGGAGACAUGCCGGUGAGGCCUAAAAAUGUGUAGAAACUGACAAAUACUUGGCUCUUUUUUGUAUUACGGUCAAUGGAUUGUGCUGUAUGUUAAAAAAUGG